CUUAGAACAAUCAAUCAACCUAUUUGCUGCUGCUGAUCAUAUUCACUCUAACCCUUUAAGCACGCUCAGUGCGACACUAAGGCAUCGGAGAUGUUGUUUUAAGCGGAGCCAUUGAUGUCCGAUGCCGUAGCACACGACCUUGCAGUCUUGUCGUCAGACCGUGUGCGUCGAUUGAGACCGGAGUAACUCGGUGAGCACAUUUACUCAGCUUAAUUUAUAUCAGAAGAAAUUCCAUUCCAGCGACAUGACUAAUAGUAAAGAAUAUUUUUGUGUCUUUUCAACGUUUUCCUAAUCCCAGCGUCGUAAAGGAAUUGGCAGCUAUGGAGGCUUAUUUCCAGUACCAGAGAGUCCGACGAGCAGUCCAUCAGCAGCUGGCCGAGCUGAAGGAAGACUGCAGUUGCCGAAGCUACAUCGUCGGAUCUCCCCAUGACAUCAACUGUAAAGUGAGCAACCGACGUGGCACCCCAAAUGAGUGUCUUGCCGAGAAAUCGAUUGUUACGGACGACCUCAUACUCGUGGGCUGGGACGGGCAACAUGACCCCUUGAACCCUGCAAACCAAAGUGUUGGGCGUAAGCUCUUCAUGACUGUCUUGGUCUCUCUCAUUGCGCUUUCUGUCACUGCGGCAUCUGCUAUCGAUGCUUGUGGUGUCAGGGAAUACAGCGAGCAUUUCCAAGUAUCCGAGGUCGUUGGAUCUCUAGCAACAGGUCUUUUCCUCAUUGGUUUCGCCUUCGGAUCUCUUCUUUCCGGCCCCUUCUCGGAAACGUUUGGUCGUAAUGCCGUAUAUUUGACGACCAUGAUAUUGUAUUUGCUCUUUAUUAUGGCUUCAGGACUCGCCCCCAAUCUUGGAAGCCACCUCACAUUUCGCUUCAUCGCCGGCUUCUUUGCUUCCACUCCACUAAGCUGUGCUGGUGGUACUGUUGCGGAUCUAUGGAAUCCACUGGAGAAGACUUAUGCUUUUCCUGUAUAUGCGAUACCGGCAUUUGCAGGGCCUAUGAUUGGCCAAAUGAUUGGAAGCUACAUUCCAGUUACGUUAGGCUGGCGUUGGCUCGAGUGGAUAAUGCUUAUAAUGGGAGGUGCUGUCCUAGUUCUGAUCCUCUUGUUUCAACCCGAGACUUACGGCAAUCUCAUCCUCAGCUGGAAAGCCUCAAUACUUCGAAAGGAAACUGGGGAUGGGAGAUACAGAUCUCCCAUGGAGAUGAACCGGGAGACUCUAGGCCACCGCCUGAAGCUCUCCGUGUACCGACCUUUCGCCAUGUUUUAUUCCGAACUGAUUAUCAUCUUGGUAUCACUCUAUUUGACCAUCAUCUAUAUCGUGCUCUUCACUUUUCUGGAGGGAUAUGCCUACGUCUUCGGGCAAACAUAUGGCAUAUCAGAGAGCCUGACAAGUCUUUGCUGGGCAGGUAUGCUAUUUGGCAUUCUACUUGUCGGCUUCAUUGUGCCAGUGGUCUACAGCUUGACCGCUAAGGCUCAAUUCCGAGAGAAAGCCUGUGGGUUUGCCCCUGAAAUGAGACUUUGGUAUACAAUGCUUGGUGGUGCACCAGCGGUGCCCAUCAGCCUGUUCUGGAUGGGAUGGACUAGUAAUCCACUAAUAUCAAUUUGGUCUCCGCUUAUCGCCUCCGUCCUCUUUGGCUUCGGCAUCACGACUAUUUUUAUUGUUUCAUACAUGUAUCUCAUCGAUUCCUAUGACACGUAUUCGGCUUCAGCGCUGGGGUUUCUUGUGUUUACUCGUUACGUCGUCGCGGGAGGUGUCACUGUUGCUGGUGGUCCAAUCUAUCGGGCUCUUGGUGUGCAACAUACUCUGACGGUUCUUGGGUCUGUCAGUGGGUUAAUGACUCCCGUUCCCUACUUGCUGUAUAUCUAUGGAUCAAAGAUCCGUAAGAACAGCAGAUAUGCUGUGUAUAGUAACACAAAUGACGUCUUCCCGUAAUUUACGAAGACGUCACGCGGAAUUGCAGAAACAAGGAAUAGAAAGCGCGCAAUUCUGUUGAAGUCUACAAUACUCUACCCUUCCGUAAUAGACGGUCGCUAUUUAGACAUAAGCUAAAAGACAAUGGAUGUGAAUAUUAUAGAGCAAA